CACGUCACGCGUUGCCAGGCAACGACAAACCCCAACAAGCCGCUGAACGAUGUCUGAAGUAAGGGACAACAGUGGAAGGAGGCCCACCAUGGUUCAGGGACGGUCCAGAUCCAGACGCACCAGUCUGCUCGCUUCGCCCAGCAGACGGAGCCUGAGUCUGGGCAGCGUUCGGACUUCGAGACCAGCUGUUCAGCUGCUGGAUGAAGAAGGCAACGAUGUCACCCCACAGCCACUGUACCAGGUGGAUCCAGCUGCUGCACCACUAAAGGUCAGCAGGUUUUUGGUGGAUCAGCUCUCUUUUGGAUCCGUCUCAGACCACACCACAGUCUCUGGGAGCUUCUUAAGGUUUGGGUCGGUGUUUGGCAGCAGCAGGAUGUCCAGCCACUCCACCAUAGAAGAGAUGAACAAGGAGACGGGGGAGGCCUUCUCCAAGGGGAACGCGCUGCUCGCCAUCGCAGAUGAGACGGCGAUGAAGAACAUGCUGGACGAAGAGGUGACAGAAGCCAUGCUGGAUGAGAAAAUAGAGAUCUUACUCACCGAGUCGGAGACCAUUUCCCUGCUGGACAUACCCAGCACUGUUGCAUCAGCAGAUGAAACCGUCAUGGAGAAACAUAGCCGCUACGCUGAGGUUUGCAGCAGCAGGAUGACCAGUGAGACGUACGUGGAUCAGCCUGUGCAGACGCAGAACGGAGCAACCAAAAACAAGCCUGUCCAGAGUGAGGCUCCCCUCAGGGUGGACGCAGCUACAUCUUUUUCCAUCCUGGACCUGUCUGAUGCUCCUGAGCUGGAGCAAACCGUGGAUAUCUCUAAAGCUAAAGGAAAGGACAGUGUUGUGGCUGGUCUGGACUCUGGCACAGAGAGGAGUGGGUCUCUGAUCAGCUCAACCAGUACAGGGUGUGCUUCUAGCUCACAGAAAGAGGUGGACAAGUUUGGAACUAUUUUAAAUGCUCAGUCAGACCUGCAGCUCACCACGAUGUCAGAGGCCUUCCAGAACACCUUAUUAGUAAUGGAGAGGAACAUCCUGAGCAGCAGUGUGCAACAUGGGCUUGUGCCCCUUCGGGAAGACAGACUUGCAGAGCUCCCUCCAUCCCUGACGUGUCUCUCGGUUUUCAGCUGUGAGCUAAGCAGAGGACGUAGCAUCAGCAGCAUGGCCUGGAACAAGAAAAACCCGGACCUCCUGGCUGUGGGCCAUGGUGAGCCUGACUCCAGAAACCAGAAAGCAGGUCUGGUGUGCUGCUGGUCUCUCAACAAUCCCACGCGGCCUGAGCGGAUCAUUCACUGUAACAGCGUGGUGACCUGUCUGGAUUUCUCAGCCUGCAGCCCCAGUCAGCUGGCUGUGGGGAUGUGUGACGGCACCAUAGCUGUCUAUGAUGUGCAGAGUCCAGAUGCCAAGUCACAGGUCAUCAGCAGCUGCGAAUGUCCCAACAGGCACCUGGGUCCAGUAUGGCAACUCAGGUGGAUCCAACAAGAGCUGAGCUACACAGAAGAGAAAGCUGAGGCUCUUUUCUCUUUGGGUGAAGAUGGCAGAAUGAGGAGGUGGUCUAUCCUCAAAGGUGUUUUUGAUUGUGCAGACGUGAUGAAGCUGAAGAGGAUCAACCAUAAAAAGAAGAAGGAUGGAAAGAAUGAGACGGGGAAGGCUACAGAAAGUGUUUUAUCUGCGUUGAUUCCAGGUCUCUGUUUUGACUUCCAUCCAACAGACUCCAGCAUCUACUUGAUUGGAACAUGGGAAGGUGUAAUCCACAAGUGCUCCUGCUCCAACAGGCAGCAGUUCCUGGAGAUGUACAAGAAGCACUUUGCUCCGGUGAACAGCAUUUCGUGGUGUCCACUGAAUCCAGACCUAUUCCUGAGCUGCUCUGCUGACUGGACCAUCCAGCUGUGGAAGCACGACUGUCUGAAACCUGUGUUGGGCUUCACCACCACCUGUGGGGGUGUGCAUGACAUCAAAUGGUCGCCAAAGGCAGCCACAGUUUUUGGUGCUGUAAAAAAGGGGCAGCUUGAGAUCUGGAACUUGGAUUCAAGCUUCCUGGAUCCCAUAAUUGUGCAGCCUGCUGCCCCAGGUGUGACCAUGACCUCCCUGCUGUUUGCUUCACACACAGACUAUGUUGUUGUUGGGGAUGCUGAAGGCCAAGUGACCGUGUUUCUGCUCAACAACCUCAGCAAUGGACAACCUGGUAACACAAGAGCAGGUUCAACCAAUGCCUCAUGUCCAGGAAACGCCUGAUUGCCUUUAAUACUUAAAAUGAUUCUUUUGUCACACCAAAAUGUUCAGUGACCCAUGUUCUCUUCCAGCUGAACCUCUUCUGUUCUGAAGCUUCUAGAUAACCUGAGAAAACACCAAAUGUUGCCUGCUCAGUCCAAGAUGACAUGCAAAAAUGAUUUUAUGAAUUAAUUCAUGAAUGGUCUUCAUUAGUGAUUAAAGCCUCCGAGCAGUCAACGUGGUGACACGUUUAAGGUUUAAUGGUGUGAAAAAGUCCAAAGCAACUAGUUAUAUGGAAAAGGCUCCUAAUUAAAUACAUUCAUACAUACCAAAUAGUAUCUUUACAAUUACUAAGAAAGUUCAUGAGGGUUUUGUGUGAAGCUGACGUUUUUAGUUUGUAGGAAUAUUUGCUGGUAUUGAUCUAUUAGUUAGAUAUGGACAUUCGACCAUCUAAGUGUUUCAGCUGUGUGAAAUACAAUAAAAAACUUUGUAAAACUUA